AUGGCAUCCUCACCCUCCCCUCUUCCUGCUACCCCUUCGUCCUCCUCGACGACCAGCACGACCGCCAACGCUGGCGAAGAAGGCUACCUCUCCGCCUUUGUCCCCACCAUGCUGACAGACCUGGUCCAGAGCGCCGCCGACCUCGUCCACCAGGCCUCGGAAAUGGUUCAGCAGGCCCACGACAUGAUGGUCGGUCCUCCAGCGCCCGUGGGCAAGGAAGCGCCGCCGCCCGCCCCCACGGCGGCCACCGAGGAGCCUGCCGACGCCGCCGAGGGCACCGAUGCACCGGCCUCGAAGCGAUCCUCGAUCCUCAGCGUGCUCACCACCAAGAUGCUCAACCUCGGCUCCGUCACGGCAGAGCCCGAGACCGGCGCCGCUCCUGCCACCUCGCCCGCCUCCGCCGCUGCACCUUCUCCGGCGCCCGGUUCACCCUCCGUCUCCAGGGCGCGGCCUCUGCACCCGCUGCGGACCGCCUCGCCGGCGCCCUCGACUUCGAGCACCGUCUCGCGCCAGCUGACGGCCGAGGGCACGCCCUUCUCCGACGACCCGCUCAUCUCGGCCAUGCAGCGCAUCCCCGACGGUCCCAGCAGUGCCUCGUCGGUGUCGCUCGUGUCGUCGUCUUCGUCGUUUGCCAGGUCCGCCUCGCCCUCGUCGCCGUACAGCCUGCAGAAGAGCGACACGUUUUCCUCGAUCGCGUCGAGCGUCGUCUCGACCGACGACGACGGCGUAGAGAGGUGCCAGGCCUGCUCGUGCAGGCGCGGCUGCAGGACCUGGCACCUCUCCCUCCCUCCACCCGCAGCGCAGGACGAGGACAAGGAGAACAAGGCAACGGCAGCAGCGACCGAGGCGCCGGCGCAGGCGCAGGCGGCGGCCGAGGGUGGCGGCAAAUCCGAGGACCGGGCAAAGAACGGCGACGACGAGGCCGACGCGGCCAAGCCGCACACGUGCCCGUGCAACCACCAUCUGACCAAGCUGAGGAAGCGCACGUCGUCGUCGCACCACUUCCACCGCAUCCAGCAGGUCGUCAAGGGCACCAAGCGGGUCGCCCGAGACAUCCGCAACGUCCUCUGA